UCAUCAUCAUCGAUCGUGCGGACCAAAACAUGCCGACCGUGUGAGAAGCUUGUGCAACAUUUUUUUCCCUUAAAUCUGAUGCUCGAUGGUGUAAUUUGUUGAAAUAAAAACCCGAUAAAACAAUGGCAUUUGUGAUACGGUUUGCCAAAGGUGUGCGAAACCACUGGAAAAAGUCGACUGUGUUAGCCGGUGCCGUCUCGUAUGGGGUGUCCUACUACAAGGAGAAAUAUGAGAUCAAACAGCUCAUGCGACACUACUGUUCGGAGGCUUCCAAAUAUGGCGAUGUCACGACCACGUUGGAUAAAAAGCUGCAGAAGACGUUGGUUCUGCUGAAUCCUGCCGCCAAUCGCAAAUCCUCCGAAGAGGAUUUCCAUGACUACUGUGAGCCGAUUCUACACCUAGCAGGUUUCGAGGUGGACAUUGUGAAAACCGACUCCGAGGGUCACGCGAGACGAUACAUUGAAGAACUAUCUACAUUGCCGGACGCAAUUUUGGUUGCCGGUGGUGAUGGAACGGUUUCGGAGACCAUUUCCGGUUUGAAGCGUCGCACGGAUGGAGCCCAAUGUCCGGUGGGUGUGCUUCCGGUUGGCAGGACCAAUACGAUUGCUCGAGCAUUGUUCCGCUCUAGUGAAGAAACAAGCAAGCUAGAGGAUGUACGAAGUAUGGCAAAUGCUGCCUAUGCUGUGGUCGCCGGAAAGAAAGAAAAGAUGGAUAUCAUGAAGAUUGAAGUGCUUGCAAAUGAAGCUGAUGAAAAAGUCCCGGAGAAACCGGUUUACGCCCUGGCAAAUUUGCAAUGGGGUGCCUUCCGGGACAUCCUCACCCUGAGAGAUAAAUAUUGGUACACCGGAGGUUUCAGGGAUUACACAGCAUUUUUGUUUAAUGCGUUUGAUGGGAAGCAUUCGUGGAACUGCAAAGCUCGAAUCAAAUUUACGGAACCUUGCUCGGGAUGUAACCAAUGCUAUAAAGAUUAUCAUCAUCAGGAUGGUCCCAAGAAGGAGCAAACUAAAAGAUGGUGGUCAGUCUUUCUGCCAAAGUCGAACGUUCAGGGUACCGACUACAGCAAAAUUUUCAACGUUCAAUGUUCGGUUGCACACGAGGUUGAAGUGGAUCCAUCGGAAUUGAUUCUCCACACGAACAACAUCGUUCAAGAAGAUGGUCAAGCAAGCAUUCCAAAACUACAGCUGAAAAUUGGUCCUUCGGUAGAUUCCGCUUUCAGUUUCCUGGGAGACAGUUGGUCGAGGCUUUGGAACCGAAAUUACAAUGAUUGUCAAACGGAAAAACUCAUCGAGGCUCGCACAGUUGAACUGGUACCUGCCAAACUCAAAAUCGAAGACGACCAGCCAGAUCUGUACUACUCGAUAGACAAUGAAGCGUACGAAGUUCGACCCGUUCGAGUUACGCUGAUUCCCAAAGCAGUGGAAGUGUUCACCUUUUAGUAAAUAAAUCUCUAUGUAAAUAGGCUCAAGAUUGCA